AUGACCAUUUAUGACCUACCUGGAAUUGUAAGAGAAGCAUUUCCGUUGGCUUUCACCCCGAACAACAUUGCUCACUCGUUUAGAAAAGCUGGUAUCUGGCCAUGCAAUGAGUUUGUUUUUGGCGAUGACGACUUUGCUCCGUCUUUCGUAACAGAUCGGCCAAUGCCUGUAUCCCAGCCGAAUGACAACACUAAUGCAGCGCCCGUUGAGUCUAUUGUCACGAUUCCCCCGAUUCAGCAAAAUGAGGAAGAUAUUUUAGGUAACUCAUCGCCUACAUUGCUGCAAACUGAGGAACAAAACGAAUUAACACCAGAGAAUCUUAGCCUCACAUUAGGUCUGGAAGCGUCCUUGUUACCUGAAAUCGAAAGAAGCAUGCCUAAUCUUGAUAUCAGCGUGGGUGCAGUUAUUGAGAAAAUGUCAAGGAGUCCAGUUCCUGGUACAUCAACUGCAGAAAAUGAACCAGCAGUGACGUCUCGUCCAAGAGAUUCAUCAACAUUCUUUAGUCCCGAAGCUGUACGGCCAUUGCCAAAAGCGGCCCCUCGCUCUAAGUCUAAUCGAGGUCGCAAGCGAAAGUGCGCAAUCUUAACCGACACUCCAGAAAAGAGUGCUUUAGAAGAAGAAGCUAAGCUAAAGAAUAAUAAAAAGAAAUCUACUGCGAAUGUAAAAGUCAAUAAGGAAAAGCAAAGAGUUAAGAAACGUAAAGUGGAAAAAAAAGAAAAGAGGUCCA